UCCGGCUGUGUGGCAAAAUUGAAAACUUGUGUAGACUAAUGUUGCGUUUAUACGUUCGAACAUCCCAAUGGGACAUUCAAGUCAAAUACGUUUUCAAAGCUAUAUGUGUUCGUCAGCAGCACUCCGACUCUUCAGACCAGCACUAUGACAGGCUCUACCGGGGACACAUUCCCACUAACCCGGUCCAGAAGGCCAUGCUGGCGGUGGGCUCCGGGGUGGCUUCUCUGAGAGACCCAUACAGACACGACAUGGUGGCUGUUCUGGGAGAGACGACCGGUCGCCUGGCCCUCCUGAGACUGAGGGACAGGAUGAGAGGAGAUCCAGAGGGCUGCACCAUCCUCACAGAACGUCCGAGGAUCCGCCUGUCCACGUUGGACCAGGCCAGCAUGGCCUCUCUCCCCGAGGGCUCGUUUGGAAGAGAGUACCUCCGGUUCCUGGAGGACAACAGAGUGACUCCUGACUCCAGGGCAGAUGUGAAGUUUGUGGACGACGAGGAGUUGGCCUACGUGAUGCAGAGGUACCGGGAGAUUCACGACCUGCUGCACACCCUACUGGGCAUGCCCACUAACAUGCUGGGGGAGGUGGCUGUGAAGUGGUUUGAGGCGGCUCAGACGGGCCUGCCCAUGUGCCUCCUGGGGGCCACCCUGGGCCCCCUGCGCCUGUCUGCAAGCCGCCUGGGCCCGCUGGUGUCGUCUCUGGGCCCGUGGGCGCUGAGGAACGGCCGGCGGUCGCGCUGUGUUCUCAGCGUGUUCUACGAGCGGCGCUGGGACCAGAGCGUGGAAGAGCUGCGGCACGAGAUGAACAUCGAGCCCCCGCCGCUUGCCGUCAGCGCCGCCCGACCGCGUAGCAGCCGUGCUAACCGCUAACGGCUGCAUCAUGUAGCGGCUGUGCUAACUGCUGGACCACAUAGCGGCCAUGCUAACCGCUAACGCUGGACCACGUAUAGCGGCCGUGCUAACUAUCAGCGCCAUCUGCCAGCAGACACACUUGCGCCUACAUGGGAAGUGUGUUUUGUGUAGGACACAUAACCCUCCUUCAGGGAACAAAACCCUAAACCAUCUCCGAAGAAUUAAAGAAAGGUAUUGUCUGCGUUGGCAGCAUCGCUGAAGCAUAUGAGCUCCAUUACUAACCGCAGGGUAACGUGAUGAAUGCAGGGGGAUGGAGGGAUAAGUGAUCAGGUUAUACCCACCCACCUGUCUCUCUGAUUUCAACAGCCCAUGUGUUUCAUCAAGCUGAUUAACUGGAGGCUAUGCAUGACUGGUUGCCUUGUGGUGGUGUUAAAAGCCCUGGUGUUUUCCAGGGUUAGAUCAGCUCCACUUUGGUGAUUGGCUGUCACUCACCAGCCUUGCUGCUGGUUGCAGCAGCUGAACAUCCCUGGGGUUGUAGUCAUCAUGUCUGCUGAAUGACUGCCCAAUACUGUCUGGACAUGGAAGAUCGGGUUCACAGCUUGUACUCUAGUGUUAAAAAAUAUUAUUUGUUUUGCGCUUCAUUUGGAGAUUUCCUGAUUUGUGUAUUUCAACUGUGAGAAACAGCACAGUGUUUUAUGAGUAUUAAAUGCUUGAUAAGUUACUUGACUUGCAUUAAUGUUUCACUAAAGUUCAAUAUUCCUGGCUGAAGCAUAUGAGCUCCAUUACUAACUGCAGGGUAACGUGAUGAAUGCAGGGGGAUGGAGGGAUAAGUGAUCAGGUUAUACCCACCCACCUGUCUCUCCGAUUUCAACAGCCCAUGUGUUUCAUCAAGCUGAUUAACUGGAGGCUAUGCAUGACUGGUUGCCUUGUGGUGGUGUUAAAAGCCCUGGUGUUUUCCAGGGUUAGAUCAGCUCCACUUUGGUGAUUGGCUGUCACUCACCAGCCUUGCUGCUGGUUGCAGCAGCUGAACAUCCCUGGGCUUGUAGUCAUCAUGUCUGCUGAAUGACUGCCCAAUACUGUCUGGACAUGGAAGAUCGGGUUCACAGCUUGUACAAAUAUUAUUUGUUUUGCGCUUCAUUUGGAGAUUUCCUGAUUUGUGUAUUUCAACUGUGAGAAACAGCACAGUGUUUUAUGAGUAUUAAAUGCUUGAUAAGUUA